AUGGACGAAGAUCACGGCCCAGACACCAUCGUCCCUGCAGACACAUCGCAAAAGAAUAGCAUCGGCCAGCGCAUCAGGCUUCGCCUUGGAAACGUCCGCCAUGCAUUCACCACGCGCGACGGACUCGUCGGUGACUACGACUACGGUUUCCUACUGAGACCAAACCUCCCAUUUAUGAAGAAGAGUACAUACCGCAGCCCCUUUUUCGGCCUUAACGACAAGAUGCCCGUGUGUCUAGGGCUCCUUCUAGGUUUGCAACAUGCCUUGUCCAUGCUUGCUGGUGUCAUUACUCCUCCUCUUAUCCUGAGUGGUAGCGGAGGUGCGAACCUCGACCAAAGCCAGCAGCAAUAUCUGGUUUCUACGGCCCUAAUUGUUUCUGGAAUCUUGUCUGCCGUGCAGAUUAACCGCUUCCGAGUUCCCAAGACGUCGUAUUUUAUUGGAACCGGCGUUCUUUCCGUAGUCGGUAUCUCCUUCAGCAUCAUUCCAAUUGCCCAAGGCGCCUUCAGGCAAAUGUAUGCCAACGGCUACUGUCCUUCUGGUGAGGGUGGUGCUCCAUUACCCUGCCCCAAAGGUUACGGUGCCUUGAUCGGCACUUCUGCAGUUUGUGCCUUGACCGAAAUCUUGAUAUCGUUUUUGCCGCCAAAGGUUCUCCUACGCAUCUUUCCACCCAUUGUUACUGGGCCCACGGUUAUGUUAAUUGGUAUCCAUCUCAUCGAGAGUGGUUUCAAGAAUUGGAUGGGAGGCAGCGGACCCUGCGCCAAUCCUGCAUCUGCAGGCGACCAAGCCAGCUUUUUUGCUCUCUGUCCGAAUAUCAAUGCGCCACACGCUCUGCCAUGGGGAUCCCCCGAGUAUCUUGGUCUAGGGUUCUCAGCCUUCAUCACCAUUAUUCUCUGCGAACGAUUUGGAUCUCCAAUCAUGAAGUCUACCUCUGUCAUCUGGGGACUGCUUGUAGGAUGUAUCAUUGCAGCAGCAUGCGGGUACUUUGACCGGAGCGGGAUCGACUCGGCUCCUGUCGCAUCAUUUAUUUGGGUACACACAUUUCCUCUCACUGUUUACGGGCCGCUUGUUCUGCCCAUCAUGGCCGUGUUUAUUAUAUGCGCCACGGAGGCUGUUGGCGACAUUACGGCGACCUGUGAUGUCUCCCACAUCGAGAUGGAGGGACGUAUUUACGAGUCCCGUAUCCAGGGUGGAUUGCUCACAGACGGCAUCAACUCCAUCAUUGCUGCCCUAAUGACCAUGACGCCAAUGAGCCGAUUUGCUCAAAACAACGGUGUAAUUGCCCUGACGAGAUGUGCAAACCGCAAGGCCGGCCUUGCCUGCUGCUUCUUCCUCAUCAUCAUGGGAAUUUUUGCUAAAUUCGCCGCAGCCCUUGUUGCCAUCCCUUCCGCCGUCCUGGGCGGCAUGACGACAUUCCUUUUCGCGGCAGUGGCAGUAUCCGGAAUGGCCAUCAUCACUCGCGGAACCGACUUCAAUCGACGCACUCGCUUCAUCCUCACCACAGGGUUAGCUUUGGGCUACGGCGCAACCCUCGUGCCCACCUACUUUGAUAAGAUUUUUACUUACUCAGGCGACAACCACGCUCUGAAGGGCUUCCUCGAUGCUAUUGUUCUCAUUAUGGAAACGGGGUUCGCAGUGACAGCAGCGGUAUGCAUGGCACUCAACUUGACAUUGCCUGAGGAGAUGGAAGAUGAAGAUGUCAAUGUCCAGGUAGUGGAGCUAACACGAGAGAGCACACCUCCCGGCAAGGGUGAAGUUGCUGAGGGGAGGGAAAAUCCAAAUAGCGUGUUAUGA